UUGUCCAGAGUGGCAUUAGCAACCGUUAAAUCAAGCAAAAUACAACCAUUAUCAGACAAUGUUUCGGAAUUAUUACGCGGAAUAGGGUAUGGAAGAUCCGAGGGAAAGUUGGUAUAAACCAAACCUGCUGUAUAAUAUCCAUUAUAAACCAACAAAUCCAGGGACACCACCGAAAAUGAAGAUAAUCACAAAGAAAUUCAAUCCAAGUUAUUGUACUUGUGGGGAACAUGGGUGUGAACCACGUUAUAGAAUGGAAAAGGAAAUUGUAUGGUUAAAUAAUGAGGCAGAAAAUAAAGAAGAAAGAAUGCUAGACGCAGUAAACCCUGGUGAUGAUAGCAUUGUAAAUGAUGAUGAUGAUGCCGAUGAUGUUAAUGAUGAUGCUGAUGAUGUAAAGGGUGAUGCCGAUGAUGUAAAUGAUGAUGCCGAUGAUGUAAAGGAUGAUGCCAAUGAUGUUAAUGAUGAUGCCGAUGAUGUUAAAGGGUGAUGCCGAUGAUGUUAAUGAUGAUGCCGAUGAUGUAAAGGAUGAUGCCAAUGAUGUUAAUGAUGAUGCCGUAGAUGUUAAUGAUGAUGCCGAUGAUGUAAAGGAUGAUGCCGUAGAUGUUCAUGAUGAUGCUGAUGAUGUAAAGGAUGAUGCCGAUGAUGUUAAUGAUGAUGCUGUUGAUGUAAAGGAUGAUGCCGGAGAUAAUCAUGAUGAUGUCGAUGAUGUUCAUGAUGAUGCCGUAGAUGUUCAUGAUGAUGCCGAUGAUGUAAAGGAUGAUGCCGUAGAUGUUCAUGAUGAUGCCGAUGAUGUAAAGGAUGAUGCCGUAGAUGUUCAUGAUGAUGCCGAUGAUGUAAAGGAUGAUUCCGAUGAUGUAAAUAAUGAUGAUGCCUAUGAUGUAGUAGAUGGUGAUGAUACCGAUGAUGGUGAUGAUGAUGCCGAUGAUGUAAAUGCUGCUGAUGAUGAUGCCGAUGAUGUAAAUGAUGGCGUUUGCGUCGGAUAUAUUGGCAACACCAGUGAUGACCUCGCAGACUGUGGUAAGCCUGACCACAUUGUAGCAGAUGUUGAAGUUACUUACGAUGACGAUAAUUUUGGUUCAUCCUUUGGAAUCAUGAGUGUGUAUUGCGAUAGUGGACUUCAUACAGCAUGGACCAGGAAGAGUGAAGUUAAUACUUGCUGAACAGAACAUGUUAUUCAAUUUAAUCAAAUAUAUUUAAUUGACACCUUUUCAAUUAAAUUUUUGAUUGAAUCG